UGAGUGAUACUAUGGAAGUGUAACUGAAUUGAAGACCAGCAGCAACUGGACCCUAGCUUGGGUGUUGGCCCCACUUUGUGAAGAGACAGCUGCAAAACUACAAGUCCCAAGAUGCCUUUCACUAACAGCACAAUGUACACUGUCUGUAGAGUACACAUGCUCAGUGUGGUGUCUGGAACCUGUUUUCCAUAGGCUUCUGACUAAUUAAAUAAGGUGGAGCAAAUGGCCCCACCCCAAAACCAGGCUUAAGGAUUCCUGUUUAAGCCAAGCCCCAGGGUGGAGCCGGAAUUUACCUUUGUACUUCACUCGGGUCUGGGUUGGUGGUGACUGGCUGGGUGGGUCUGGAACUGGCUGCCAUCGUGACACGUCUCAGAGCUGCAAGCAGGUACUGCCAGUCAGCUACCAUGGCCUCUCAGCGUCUUGGGCUGGCAGAAGAGUCUGGCCCAAACCCCAGGGAGUCUGAGUUGGCUGUGAACCCCUUUGACGGGCUUCCCUUCUCUUCCCGCUACUACGAGCUGCUUGAGCAGCGCCGAGCCUUACCCAUCUGGGCUGCUCGCUUUAUCUUCUUGGAGCAGUUGGAGAGUAGCCCCAGUGGAGUGGUGCUGGUGUCUGGAGAGCCUGGCUCUGGCAAGAGCACCCAGAUCCCUCAGUGGUGUGCAGAGUUUGCACUGGCCAGGGGGUUCCAGGAAGGCCAAGUAACUGUCACUCAGCCCCACCCUCUGGCAGCUCUGAGCCUGGCCAUGCGGGUUGCCGAUGAGAUGGACAUAACCCUGGGUCAUGAGGUUGGAUACAGCAUUCCCCAGGAGGACUGCACUGGGCCAGACACCCUGCUCAGGUUUUGCUGGGACAGGCUGCUUCUACAGGAGGUGGCCUCAACCCGGGGCACGGGAGCCUGGGGCGUGCUGGUGCUGGAUGAGGCUCAGGAGCGGUCAGUGGCCUCGGAUUUGCUCCAGGGGCUACUGCGAAAUGCCAGGCUGGGAAACCAUCCAGGGGACUCGAGAGUGGUUGUGGUUACUGACCCUGCCCUUGAACCUAAGCUCCAAGCCUUCUGGGGCCAUCCUCCUACUGUGCAUGUACCCAGAGGGCCUGGCGCGUGUCCCACACCUGUAUACAGGGACACUGUCCCUACCGAUCGAGUGGAAGCUGCCUGCCAAGCUGUGCUUGAAUUGUGUACGAAGGAGGCUCCAGGAGAUGUGCUAGUGUACCUGCCCAGUGAGGAGGAAAUUUUGCUGUGCUGUGAAUCCUUGUCCAGGGAGGUGGAGCCCUUGGCUCUCAGAGGUCCUCCACCACGGGUGCUGCCCCUUCACCCAGGACAUGGCCCAGCUGUUCAGGCUGUAUACGAGGACAUGGACUUGAGUGCCCGAAGGAUCGUGGUCACUCACUGGCUGGCUGACUUCUCCUUCUCCCUCCCUUCCAUCCGACAUGUCAUUGAUUCAGGACUGGAGCUUCGAAGCGUGUACAAUCCUCAGAUCCGAGCAGAAUCCCAAGUGUUGAGACCAAUCAGCAAGUGUCAGGCAGAAGCAAGAAGACUGCGGGCAAGAGGGGUCCCACCAGGGUCCUGCCUCUGCCUGUAUCCUAAGUCCUUCCUAGAACUAGAGGCGCCCCCGCUGUCCGCACCCAGGAUAUGUGAGGAGAAUCUGAGCCCCCUUGUGUUACUUCUGAAGAGGAGACAGAUUGCAGAGCCCGGGGAGUGUCACUUCCUGGACCGGCCUGCUCCGGAAGCACUGAUGCAGGCCCUGGAAGACUUGGACUACCUGGCAGCCCUGGAUGAUGAUGGGAACCUGUCAGACCUGGGAGUCAUCCUAUCAGAGUUCCCCCUGCCCCCUGAGCUGGCCAAAGCCCUGCUGGCCUCCUGCGAGUUUGACUGUGUGGAUGAGAUGCUCACCCUCGCCGCCAUGCUCACUGCUGCUCCUGGGUUCACCCAUCCUCCACUCUCUGCAGAAGAAUCUGCCUUGCGUCGGGCCCUGGAACAUAUGGAUGGUGAUCACAGUUCUCUGAUCCAGGUGUAUGAAGCCUUUAUACAGAGCGGAGCAGACAAGGCUUGGUGCCAGGCUCGGGGGCUCAACUGGGCAGCAUUGUGCCAAGCCCAGAAACUUCGAGGUGAACUCCUAGAACUCAUGCAACGAAUUGAACUUCCCUUGUCCCAGCCAGCCUUUGGCUCUGAGCAGAAUCGCAGAGACCUUCAGAAAGCGCUGGUGUCAGGAUACUUCCUUAAGGUGGCCCGAGACACAGACGGGACUGGAAAUUACCUGCUCCUGACACAUAAGCAUGUGGCCCAGCUUUCCCCAUACUGCUGCUACCGAAGCCGCAGGUCUCCAGCCAGACCCCCGCCGUGGGUGCUUUACCACAGUUUCUCCAUUUCCAAAGACAACUGCCUUUCCAUUGUUUCUGAGAUUCAGCCACAGAUGCUGGUAGAGUUGGCUCCUCCAUACUUCUUGAGUAACUUGCCUCCCAGUGAGAGCAGAGACCUCUUGAAUCAGCUGAGAGAAGAAAUGGCAGCUUCUUCAAUAGAGAGUGAAUCUCCCUCUACCCAAGAGUUUGGAGAUGCCUGUGUCCUGCAGUGACAUGCCUAAGGAAUGGAACUGAGCUCAUCUGAAGGCAUUAGGUCCUCUCUCAGGCUAGCACCAAGGUAGCCAGCCAAAGCUUCGGAUCAAAUGUAAAUCCUGGAACCUGAGUCUCAAGAAAUGGUAGACUGAGAAUAGAGGAAAUUGGGUAAGCCACAGUAUACAUAAGGUUGGACCCUUUCUUUAGCCUUCUUCUAUUUAUUGGAGAACGACUGAUGCCCCCCAAACCCCCAAUUUAUGCCAAACCCGUCUUUGUGUGCUUCACUUUGAUCUAUAAAAGUUCUUUCUCUAUGGUGCCAAAUUUGAGUUUGAUUCUG